AUGGCUUCAAAUAGUAAUGGAAGAGGCUUGGCAGAGUUUAAGCAAGAGUUACCAACAAAUCUGACUGAAAAUGAUUCUAAGGGUAAUAGUGACAAGUAUGCUGUUCUUGAUGUUUCAACUUCGCGUAAGGGACUGCUGAGCGAUGACAGACUGAGUAUGGAGAAACAAAACGCAUUGAAAGUUGUUCCAAGUAGGCUAAACAUACUGAAAUUAAGUUCCAAUGGCGAUUUAUCUUCUCCUUCAGCUAAAUUCAAGCAGAUUGUAGAGGAAAGAGAUGAAAUUUCACGUUCUGUACGUUCUUCCACUAGCCAAGGAUUUCGAGGGCGUUUUAACGGAUUCAUAGGGCAGAAAAUUGAUUGGGAAUCUUUAUGGAGCAUCAGCAGAAUUUGGAUCAAGAAUCCCUUUAACAUGGUGCUUUUUUUAUGGAUAUUUUGUGUUGCAGUCUCUGGAGCAAUCCUUUUUCUUGUAAUGACAGGGAUCUUAGACACUGCCCUACCGAAGAAAUCACAGAGAGAUGCAUGGUUUGAGGUCAAUAAUCAAAUCCUCAAUGCUCUCUUUACUCUUAUGUGUCUGUACCAACACCCAAAGCGAUUCUACUACCUUGUACUUCUGAUUAGGUGGAGGCCGAAGGACAUUACCAAACUCAGAAAAAUAUACUGCAAAAAUGGCACAUAUAAACCACAUGAAUGGGCUCACAUGAUGGUAGUGGUUAUGUUGCUCCAUUUGAAUUGCUUUGCUCAGUAUGCUUUAUGCAGUCUUAAUUUGGGAUAUAGAAGAUCGGAACGACCUGCUAUAGGUGUUGGUAUCUGCAUCUCUGUUGCCAUUGCGGCUCCAGCAGUGGCAUGUUUGUACACCAUUAUCAGCCCCCUUGGUAAGGAGUAUGACUAUGAAUUUGAUGAGGAAGCACAGAGUCAAACUCUGACAAAUGGCACUAGCCAUCUUAACUGCCGCAUGUCACUGGAGAAGAGAUUCUCAUUUGCAUCGAGAGAUGAACAGAGAAUUGUUGAGUAUGCCCCUGAGUGGAGAGGGGGAUUGUUUGACAUUUGGCACAACAUUCGAAUAGCAUACCUUUCUCUUUUCUGCAGUUUUUGUGUCUUUGGGUGGAAUAUGGAAAGACUUGGAUUCGGGAACAUGUAUGUUCACAUUGCCACUUUCCUCCUCUUCUGCACAGCGCCAUUUUGGAUUUUCAACUUGGCUGCCAUCAACAUUGACAAUGAGGGUGUCAGAGUGGCUCUUGGAUUAACUGGUAUCAUGCUUUGCUUGUUUGGUCUACUCUAUGGUGGCUUCUGGAGGAUCCAAAUGAGAAAGAGGUUCAAUUUACCAGCAAGUAACAUAUUCUGUGGAAAACCAGCCAUUGCAGAUUGCACACAAUGGCUUUUUUGUUGUUGGUGCUCCCUUGCCCAAGAAGUUCGCACAGCUGACUUCUAUGAUAUUGUUGAGGACAAGUUUUGCUGGAAACAAACAAGUGAGAGUAAGCAGCCCACACUCUCCCCACUGCCCCGAGAAGAUGGAGUAGUUCAGUUCAUAUCUAGCCCAACUUCAUUUCAAAACAGUCAUAGACUGCCCACGCUUGGGGCUAGUCACUCUCUAAGUCCAAGCAGACUUUCAAAAGAUCAUUAUAGUCCAGGCAGGCAGUUUAUGAAGGUGGAGGAGGAUUUUUCCAUGAAAGAUGCUGCUGACAAUUUUAGGAAGCCACCUGCUUUGUCCUCGAUACGAAAAGAAUUUACCAAUCAAAAUAUAUUGAGGGAAAACAAUCACUUUUAG